CAUGAUGUUUGACUUCAGUCUUCGGUUCGGAAGUCACGACGGGACACGCCGCGAAGUUAACGAUCUUUCACCCCUUUCGCUCGCUUCUUCGGCUAAAUCCCGUAAAUCCGCUAAACUAUCGGAUUUUCCUGAUUCCGGGAUUUAGUUAAUUACUCAAAUCCUGCUCAAAUACUGCUUAAAUCCUGCAUCCAAACAGCCCCAAUGCCGGAGUAUUGUGUCACCGGAGGAACCGGAUUCAUAGCGUCCUACCUGGUGAAAGAGCUUCUAUCCAGAGGCUACCAUGUUCGAGCCACAGUUAGAAACCCAGGAGAUGAGGAAAAGGUUGGAUUUUUAUGGAGUAUGGAUGGAGCAACGGAGAGGUUGAGAUUGAUGAAAGCUGAUCUAUUGGUGGAGGAGAGCUUUGAUGAGGCUUUUGACGGUGUUGAUGGAGUCUUCCACACUGCUUUUCCUGUUUUCACCAGCGGAAAUAUUGAGGAAUCUCUGAUUGACCUAGCCAUUAAAGGCACCAUUGAUGUGCUCAAAUCAUGUGCUAAAUUCAGCUCAGUCAAGCGUGUUGUGCUCACCUCUUCCUGCUCUGCUAUAAGAUAUCGUAAUGAUUCUACUCUUGUUUCUCCACUGAAUGAAUCACAUUGGAGCGAUACUGAAUACUGCAAGAGAUAUAACCUAUGGUAGGCAUAUGCGAAGACACUAGCUGAAAAGGAAGCUUGGAGACUUGUAGAGGAAUAUGGCACAGAUCUUGUAGUUGUGAACCCAUCAUUUGUCGUUGGUCCUUUGCUAGCACCCCAUCCCACAAGCCCUCUCCAAACGAUACUGUCUAUAAUGAAAGGAGAAUAUGCUUUAUAUCCAAACAGGACAUUAGGAUUUGUUCAUAUUGAUGAUGUUGUUUCUGCUCACAUACUUGCAAUGGAGGAUAGUAGAGCUUCGGGAAGGUUGAUUUGUUCAAGCAGUGUUGCACAUUGGUCAGAGAUUAUACAAAUGUUGAGGGCCAAAUAUCCAUCUUACCCAAUUCCCAGCAAGUGUGAUGAGAAGCAAGGAGAUAGUAAUCCACACAGCAUGAAUACCAACAAGGUGGAGGACUUGGGGCUCAAAUCUUUUAAGACCAUCACCGAGAUGUUUAAUGAUUGCAUCCAAAGUUUCCAAAAGAAAGGCCUUCUAUGAGAAAUAUAUUGAGGAUCUUUAUUGGUCACACUCUAUUUAUAAAUGAAUAUUAUAUUCCAUGUGAAUAAGAAUUAUGUGGUGUAAUAGAAAAUCAUCAAGAUGAUGAAGGUCAAAAUUACAUGAGUCCAAGCAAGAAGAUCUUAGAUCUAUCCUAAAGAGUCCAACAAAAGGGCUAUUUUGAAGCCCAAUCAAGGAGUUAUUAUUUGAGUUUUAAUAUCUAAACUUUAUGAAAUAAUUAUAAAUGCAAUAUUUCUAUUAAAGCGAGUGAAAAAUUAGAAUGAUUGAAAAAAUAUUUAGAAAAUAAAGGGAUUUAAAUUAAUAGAAUAGACUUUGUAUAUAUGAUAUAUAAUUUUAGUGGAUAAGAUAUUAGCAACUAUCAAUCAAUAUUAUUAAAAAAUAAAAUUAUAUCCAAGUAUGAUAGGUUAAAAUGGAGAAAUGUCAAGAGUGGAUUAUGUGAUAAUAUGAUAUUAUGAUGACUAAAAUAUAAAAUUUAAAAAUUUAUUAUUAAGCUCAUGAUGUGGUAAGGAUUAUGUAUCAUUUAAUCAUAUAUAUAAUGUUAUUAUAUAGUCCUAAAAUAAUAAAAGUUGUGUUCUCUUAAUCAGUCAACACUCUCACAAUUGGGCUUUGUAAACCAGCCUCCAUUUCAUCCUGUAUCGCCAGUUUUGCUUAAAAAAAUGGCACACAUGGAACCUUUAAUUCUAUGGCACUACUCAUGAAAGUAGCUUAGCUAUCCUAGGCAUUAAACUUUAUGAAUAAGUUUAGGGUAUUAUGCAUUUGAUGCCUCUGAUCAUUGGCUUAUUUGAUAGAACUGUAUCUGGGGCUCCAACAAUUUCGAAGAAACUUCAAAUGGAAUCAACUACUUUAUGGUUUGAUUA